AUGGCCGCCGAAAAGAAGCAGCAAAUCACCUUCGAAGACUACCUCGGCCUCAGCGAGGCAGCCUUUGAGUGGGCCGAUAGCUAUGACUCUAAGGACUGGGACCGGCUACGAAAGUGCAUCGCGCCCACACUGCGAAUCGACUACCGCUCGUUCCUCAACAAGCUGUGGGAGGCGAUGCCAGCUGAGGAAUUUGUGGCCAUGAUCUCGGACAAGUCGGUGCUGGGCAACCCGCUGCUGCGCACACAGCAUUUCAUCGGCGGUGCGAGCAAGUGGGAAAAGGUGUCCGACACCGAGGUGAUCGGCUACCACCAGCUGCGCGUGCCUCACCAGGUCUACACCGACGCCACCCUCAAGACGGUGGCCGUCAAGGGACACGCCCACAGCCACAACACGCACUACUACCGCAAGGUUGAUGGCGUGUGGAAGUUUGCAGGCCUCAACCCGAACAUCCGGUGGCACGAGUACGACUUCGAGAAAGUGUUUGCGAGCGGCCGUGACAGCUUCGGCGAUGGCACAAACUAA